CAUGCAAACGUCAGGUCACAGCAAAGGUUCUUACUGACAAGUGAGGGGAUCAUCUCCGGAGUGGCGAACACGGACGCGCACGCAACGACGAGAACAUUCACGAGUAGCGCGGCGAGAUGAGCAAAAGGCGGAACAGGCAACCAGACGCGAAUCCCGACGUCAGUGAAGCCUCUACAGAGUCCUGCGAAGAGACGAACACAGCAGGUGCAAAAUGUCUGCACAUAGCAAAGGCCAUUAACCUGAACAAAGUAAAAAAAAAUCUAAAAAAGACUGGUAUAUUAAGCAAAUGUUCCAUGUGCAAGAAACUGGAGGUGGACCUCAAGACAUCAGAGGAGAUUAGUGAUAUUUCCAAGCCUCUGUGGAUUUGCUUGCAAUGUGGUGAACAAAGCUGUAGUAAAGAGGAAAAACAGCAUGCUGUCGAGCAUUACAAAAAGCCUCACAGCGACUGCCAUUGCAUGGUGACGGAUUCUCACCAUUGGAGUGUUUGGUGUUACCAAUGUGAAAUUGAAGUUCAACCGAACAGUAGGAAAAAACUCCUUGAAACUGUAGAAUUUAUCAAAAAGUAUGUAAAUAUACCACAAAUAUCUCAAUCAAAAAUGCCAGUGAUUCAGUGCCAAAAAGAGAUAAUAAACGACGUACAGGAGAAAGAACCUAAUAAAAUGUUGAAUAAUCUUCCUAAAGUCGGAGGCUUAGCAAAUCUAGGAAAUACAUGCUUCUUCAAUGCUGUACUUCAAUGUCUAGCGCAAACACCUUACUUGGUGAAGGUACUAGACGAUCUGCGUAUACCCGGGCAGAAAUUUGUCUUACCAGGUGGAAAGCACAAACCUGUCGAUGCUAAGGAGGAAGUGGAACUGCCACCAAUCGAGGGGACCUUAGAACGAUGGGGCAGUUUCACGUCAAUUCUCUGCGAAACGUUGUCAAAAAUGCAAAAUACGAACGGUCAUCAAACUUAUACUCCUUUAAAUCUCCUCUGUAAGCUCAGGAAAAAAACUACACAAUGCGUGGAUGGAGGGCAGCACGAUUCACAUGAGUUUCUUCGACACUUAUUGGAAAUAGUUCGAAAUGAAGAUCUCCGAAGAUACCAGAGCAUAAUUCUGAGGGAAGUCGGUCUGAGCGGCAAGACAAAACCUGAUUGCGUGGAAAAAGGCUUGAAAUCUCGUGUGAAGUUCUAUGGCAAUCAGGCCAGUACGCGGCUGUUAGGACCAGAAGCAGUAUUUCGCGGCGUGUUAGUAUCUACUCUAGAGUGCCUGGAUUGUCAUCAUUCGUCGCAACGCACCGAGCCAUUUCUAGACUUGAGUCUGCCCGUUACAGCGGAUAAGCCACAACCUCCACUCUUAAAAAGGAAGAACAGCGAAUUUGAGGAUGCUUUUGAUAUGAUGAACAUUCAACAACAUAAUUGUCAGACGGAGAUUUGGAGAUCGGAGGAGACAACAUGGAAGCAGUUGAAGAAGGAGAAAAAGGCAGCCAGGAAGAACAGAAAGAAUAAAAGGCACGAGAAUUAUAACAAUUCUACUGUGGAUCUAAAUAAUCCCACGGAAGAAAACAAUGAUAAUGUUUUGAAAUCAGAAGAGAGUGACGCCGACGUGGAAGACAAUAUCGAGGUGGACAAUUCUCAUCCGGAAAUUGGAGAGUCUGGUUAUAGCUCUGAGAAAGCAUCCGCAGUCACCACUCCUGUAUCUCCUGCUCACCAUCAGCAUCCAAACAGUGACUUUAAUAGCACAAUCAAACCUGAGGACAGUAAUCUGGACAACAGUAACUUGGACUCAGCACAAGUUAGACAUCUAGUGAACAUUAACGCAUUAACUAGUCCUAGUCCAACCGACGUGUCGAUGACGGACUUGACUCAAAUCAGGAUACCACUCGAGAAGACUGAUAAGAACGUCGGUAUCAUCAGCUCUGAGAAUGAAAUGUCAGCCACAGCAUUGAUCAGUUCCAUAAUUGUCAACUCUGACGUCACAAGCCCUGAAGUACCCACCGCAAGUUUAAGUAGUUCUGCUGCUUCUAAGGAGAGUCCCACUAGCCCUGUCAAUAAUGAAGAAGUUGCAGAAAGAUUGGAUGGUGUUGAAACAUGGAUGGCUACUACUUUAUCGAGGUAUGGUAGAAGGCAAUAUAAUAACGAAACUUCCAAUGGAGAUGAUCCCGAAGAGCAAGAUGUGUAUAAUAAGCUUGCUGAUAUAGUUACGGGAAUGUCUAAGCUGGGAAUCGUCGGACAUCAAUCGCCUGGCAGGUACACGACCAAGGAGGGUGAAUGUUCCGUGGAAUCGUGCUUGAAUCAAUUCACCGCGCUAGAGCUAAUGACGGGAAGUAACAAAGUCGUGUGCGAGGCAUGCACAGCUCGUGAGAAGAAGAAUCAGGAAGGUUCAUCGAAGAUGGUAUGUACUUCGAGUACAAAGCAAUACCUCAUUUCUCAAGUACCUCCGAUAUUGAUACUGCAUUUGAAAAGGUUUCAAACACAGAGAGUCGGUUUUCGAAAGGUUUUCAAGCAUGUGUCGUUUCCGAUAUUAUUGGACUUGGCACCGGUUUGCACAGAUCACAAAAAACGUCGACUUUAUGCACUUUAUGGAGUCGUCGAGCACAGUGGAACCGUUCAUGGUGGCCACUAUGUUGCUUAUGUGAAGACGAGACUGCCACUAUCACCAAAUGAUCCCCGAUGGAAGUUUCUUCCAAAGGAUAAAGAUCCUAAGGCGAAUAACGAGUCGAGUAGUUCAGAUUCAGAUGAGGAAGAACCAUCAGCGAAAGCUAUAUCCAUUGUAGAACCACCACCUGGAAGAUGGUAUUAUGUAUCAGAUUCUCGGGUAUCGGAGGUAGAUGAAAAUACAGUGCUACAAAGUCAAGCGUAUCUCUUAUUCUACGAGAGGAUUCUCUGAUUCGAUAAAACAAUGCAGAACGUGAAUGAGUAUCGAUGUAGUUAUGUUCGCAUUUCCGAUUUUCGAAAGAAAGGAAACAGACUUAUGAUGAAUUUAUUAAUUAUGCAAUUAUUAAGAAUCACAUCACGCGUUAUUGUAUGUAUGAUGUAUGAAACUGAUUAUGUGUACACACAUUGCAAGAAACCUGUAAUCUAUUAGAAAUAUCGAAAACUUGGUUCUUGUGAAAAGUUGUUUUUUUACAGUCGGUUAGCAACAGAUGCCAAGAAUUAUUAAUAAAAAAUUUGAAAACUUUCGUAAAACGUUGAAGUGAAUGCUGGAGUGACGGCCGAACUAAUCAAUAUCAAUAGUAUGGAAUCCCGAUUGCAUCACUCACAUUAGUUGAUACGUAGUAAAUUUUCACUGCUUUUUUUAUCAAUGAGAAUAUUUGAUUUUUAAAUUGGCCAUUUAGCAAUGUAUGUGUGCAAUAUGCGAUGCGUGCAAUCAGAACCUUCCCAACAGUAUCUUUGAUUAUAGAAACUUGCAGGUCUAUCUGUACCUUUUAACACAUGUUUCAUUAUUGUUAUAACGCCGCGGGCCCCUAUUCUGUAACUCGUUAUGAUCGUAACGCUAUCGUGAUAUUUUGUUGCGUAAUUUUUUUACCAUGUAUAUUACCAAAUCCGUGCAAAGACAAUAUUAAGCCCGAUCUACAAUCGCGUAAAUGUAGUAGUUGUAAGAAUUGACCAAUUAUAGUUGAAUACGAGGAGAAUAUCCAUCUAUGACUGAAAAAUUACAACUACGACCAUUUACAACUACGUUCACGCAAUUGUAGAACAGGCUUAACAAUAUCGUUAUUGUCUUAACGAGUUACAGAAUAGGGGCACUACGCAGCUUCUUUACCAUAGUGAAAGAGCUGCGAAGUAUUGCAAUAAUAAUGAAAUUUGUAUUAAGAAUUACAUAGACCUGCUGGAUUGCUAGCAGUAAAAUUUAUAUGAACAUAGAAACAGUACCACCUUAGCCCUUACCAUGUUGGAAGAACUGACAUGGUAAAAUUUUUUUCCACACAA